GGACCGACGGCCCCUAGAUCGGCGGAAGAAGGGAGGCCCCAGCGCCCUGCCCAUAGAGCUGAUUGUCCAGCGAGAGUGACAGGCAUGGGCAAGCAAAGACCUGGUGGAUUGUCUUGGGCUGUGGCUAGCUGUGGAGCUAGAGCCCUGGAUGGCCCUGGAGCCAGCCCCAGGGAGGAUGAUGGUGCUCUUUGUGCCUGCACUCGUGAGGCUUGGUUCGGUGGCAGGUGCCCAUGGCGACAGCAAACCUUUGUUAAGGUCCCCGAGGACCAGACAGGGCUUUCAGGAGGGGUAGCAUCUUUUGUGUGCCAAGCCACUGGAGAACCUAAGCCAUGCAUCACAUGGAUGAAGAAGGGGAAGAAAGUUAGCUCCCAGCGGUUUGAGGUAAUUGAAUUUGAUGACGGGGCAGGGUCAGCGCUGCGGAUCCAGCCAUUGCGGGUACAGCGAGACGAAGGCAUCUAUGAGUGCACAGCCACCAACAGUUUGGGCGAGAUCAACACUAGUGCCAAACUCUCAGUGCUUGAAGGGGAGCAGCUCCCGCCUGGGUUCCCAUCCAUUGACAUGGGCCCUCAGGGGAAGGUGGUGGAGAAGGCGUGCACAGCCACCCGCUUGUGUGCAGCUGGCGGAAAUCCAGAUCCCGAGAUCUCUUGGUUCAAGGACUUCCUUCCUGUGGAUCCUGCCACAAACAAUGGCCGCAUCAAACAGCUACGUUCAGGUGCUUUGCAGAUUGAGAGCAGUGAGGAGUCGGACCAAGGCAAGUACGAGUGUGUGGCAAUCAACUCAGCAGGCACACACUACUCGGCCCCCGCGAACCUGUAUGUGCGAGUCCGCCGUGUGGCUCCUCGUUUCUCCAUCCCUCCCAGCAGCCAGGAGGUGAUGCCAGGUGGCAGCGUGAACCUGACAUGUGUCGCAGUGGGUGCACCCAUGCCCUACGUGAAUUGGAUGAUGGGAGCUGAGGAGCUCACCAAGGAGGACGAAAUGCCAGUUGGCCGCAAUGUACUGGAGCUCAACAACGUCAUGCACUCUGUCAGCUACACCUGUGGGGCCAUCUCCUCACUGGGCAUGAUUGAGGCCACAGCCCAGGACACAGUGAAAGCUCUCCCAAAGCCACCGAUUGAUCUUACAGUGACAGAGACGACUGCCACCAGCAUCACCCUGACCCGGGACUCUGGGAAUUCGGAGCCUGUGUCCUACUACGGCAUCCAAUACCAAGCAGCUGGCACAGAGGGCCCCUUCCAGGAGGUGGAUGGUAUGGCCACCACCCACGACAGCAUUGGCGGCCUCAGCCCUUUCUCUGAAUAUGUCUUUCGAGUGCUGGCAGUAAACAGCAUCGGCAGAGGGCCACCCAGUGAGGUGGUACGCACACACACUGGAGAACAAGUGCCCUCCAGCCCUCCACACCGUGUGCAGGCCUGCAUGCUGAGCACCAGAACCAUGCUGGUGUAGUGGGAGCCUCCUGAGGAGCCCAAUGGCAUGGUGCGGGGAUACCGCGUCUAUUGCACCCCAGACUCCUGUCGCCCUCAGGCCUGGCACAAGCACAACACUGAUGCAGGGCUUCUCACCACUGUGGGCAGCCUGCUGCCUAGCAUCACCUACAGCCUGCGCAUGCUCACUUUCACGGCCGUGGGUGAUGGCCCACCCAGCCCCACCAUCCAGGUCAAGACGCAGCAGGGAGUUCCUGCGCAGCCUGUGGACUUCCAGGCUGAGGCUGAGUCAGACACUAGGAUCCAGUUGUCAUGGCUGCUGCCACCACAGGAGCGGAUCAAGUAUGAGCUGGUGUACUGGGCAGCAGAGGAUGAAGGCCAGCAGCACAAGGUGACCUUCAACCCUACCUCCUCCUACACCCUGGAGGACCUGAAGCCUGACACGCUGUACCGCUUCCAGCUGGCGGCCCGCUCCCACAUGGGGGUGGGAGUCCUCAGCCCCACCAUAGAGGCCCGCACAGCAUAGUCUACCCCCUCCGCCCCUCCCCAGAAGGUGACAUGUGUGAGCACGGGCUCCACCAUGGUCCGGGUAAGUUGGGUCCCACCACGGGCCAACAGCCGCAAUGGUGUUAUCACCCAAUACUCCAUGGCCUAUGAGGCAGUGGACGGCGAGGACCACAGGCGGCAUGUGGUGGAUAGUAUCAGCCACAAGUACUCCAGCUGGGACCUGGUGGGCCUGGAGAAGUGGACCGAGUACCAGGUGUGGGUGCAGGCACACACAGAUGUGGGGCCCAGUCCUGAGAGCAGCCCGGUGCUGGUGCGCACUGACAAGGGUGUGCCUAGCAGGCCACCGUGGAAGGUGGAGGUGGAACCACUGAACUCCACUGCUGUGCAUGUCUCCUGGAAGCUGCCUGUCCCCAGCAAGCAACAUGGUCAGAUCCGCGGCUACCAGGUCACGUAUGUUCGGUUAGAGAAUGGUGAGCCCCAAGGCGCACCCAUCAUUCAGGACGUCAUGCUGGCGGAGGCCCAGGAAACCACCAUCAGUGGCCUCACCCCAGAGACCACCUACUCCAUUACUGUUGCUGCCUACACUACCAAAAGGGACGGUGUCCAAAGCAAGCCCAAAAUUGUUACUACAACAGGAGCAGUCCCAGGCCGGCCCACCAUGAUGAUCAGCACCACAGCCAUGAACACUGCACUGCUUCAGUGCCACCCACCCAAGGAGCUGCCCGGAGAGCUGCUGGGCUAUCGGCUGCAGUACCGCUGGACCAAUGAGAUGCAGCCCAACAUCAUAGAUUUUGGCAGAGAUGACCAGCACUUUACAGUCACUGGCCUACACAAAGGGGCCACAUAUGUCUUCUGGCUUACUGCCAAGAACCGAGCUGGCCCAGGUGAGGAGUUUGAGAAGGAGAUCACAACCCCUGAGGUUGUGCCCAGUGGCUUUCCCCAAAACCUACGAGUGACAGGAUUGACCGCAUCUACCACGGAGCUGGCCUGGGACCCACCAGUGCUGGCGGAGAGGAACGGGCGUAUCACCAAUUACACUGUGGUGUACCGUGACAUCAACAGCCAGCAGGAGCUACAGGACAUCACUGCUGACACCCACUUUACACUCUCCGGCCUCAAGCCAGAUACCACUUAUGAUGUCAAGGUCUGCGCACAUACCAGCAAAGGUGCUGGCCCACUCAGCCCCAGCAUCCAGUCCCGGACCAUGCCUGUGGAGCAAGUGUUUGCCAAGAACUUCCGUGUGGCCACUGCAAUGAAGACAUCUGUGCUGCUCAGCUGGGAAGUCCCUGACCCCCUCAAGUCAGCCGUACCCUUCAAGAUUCUGUACAAUGGGAAGAGUGUAGAGGUGGAUGGGCACUUGAUGCACAAGCUGAUCUCAGACCUGCAGCCUAACACAGAGUACUCAUUUGUGCUCAUGAACCGUGGCAACAGUGGAGGGGGCCUACAACACCUCGUGUCCAUCCGCACAGCCCCUGACAUCCUGCCACACAAGCCACUACCUGCCUCGGCCUACAUAGAGGAUGGCUGCUUCACCCUCUCCAUGCCCCCUGUGCAGGACCCCUCACUGGUCAGGUGGUUCUACAUUGUGGUGGUGCCCAUUGACCGUGUGGGCGGGAACAUACUGGAACCAAGAUGGAGCACACCCGAGGAACUGAAGCUGGAUGAGCUUCUGGAGGCCAUUGAGCAGCGUGGUGAGUCACAGCAGCAGCGUUGGCAGCAGGCAGACCAGCUAAAGCUAUAUGUGGCAGCUCAAAUGGAUGUGCUCCCUGAGACCGUCACUCUGGGGGACAAGAAGACCUACCAGGGCUUCUACAACCAGCCACUCUCUUCAGAGCUGAGUUACCAGUGCUUUGUACUCGCUUUCCUGAAGGAACCUGUGGACCAGAAGUGCUAUGUCACCAGCCCCUACUCGGACAAGAUUGUAGUCCAAGUGACACCAGCUCAGCAGCAAGAGGAACCGGAGAUGCUGUGGGUGACAGGCCCCAUCCUGGCAGUCAUCCUUAUCAUACUUAUUGUCAUUGCCAUCCUCCUCUUUAAGAGGAAAAGGACCCACUCCCCAUCAUCAAAAGAUGAGCAGUCAAUUGGGCUGAAGGACUCCCUGCUGGCCCACUCCUCUGACCCUGUGGAGAUGAGGAGGUUCAACUACCAGACCCCAGGUAUGCGAGACCAUCCACCCAUCCCCAUCACCGACCUGGCAGAUAACAUUGAGCGCCUCAAAGCCAACGAUGGCCUCAAGUUCUCCCAGGAAUAUGAGUCCACUGACCCUGGACAGCAGUUCACUUGGAAGAAUUCCAACCUGGAGGUGAACAAGCCCAAAAACCACUACACAAAUGUCAUUGCCUAUGACCACUCUCGAGUCAUCCUGACCUCCAUCGACAGUGUCCCUGGGAGUGACUACAUUAACGCCAACUACAUCGAUGGCUACCAAGAGCAGAAUGCCUACAUCAUCACACAGGGCCCACUGCCCAAGACCAUGGGUGAUUUCUGGCGGAUGGUGUGGGAACAGUGCAUAGCCAUUGUGGUCAUGAUGACACGCCUGGAGGAGAAGUCCCGGGUAAAGUGUGAUCAGUACUGGCCACCCCGUGGCACUGAGACCUACGGCCUCAUUCAGGUGACCUUCCUGGACACUGUGGAGCUGGCUACAUAUACUGUGUGCACCUUUGCACUCCACAAGAGUGGCUCCAGUGAGAAGCAUGAGCUGCGUCAGUUCCAUUUCAUGGCCUGGCCAGACCAUGGGGUUCCCGAGUACCCAACUCCCAUCCUGGCCUUCCUGCGAAGGGUCAAGACCUGCAACCCACUAGAUGCAGGGCCCAUGGUGGUGCACUGCAGCACUGGUGUGGGCCGCACAGGCUGCUUCAUCGUUAUUGAUGCCAUGCUGGAGCAUAUGAAGCAUGAGAAGACAGUCGACAUCUAUGGCCAUGUGACGUGCAUGCGAUCACAGAGGAACUACAUGGUCCAGACAGAAGACCAGUAUGUGUUCAUCCAUGAGGUGCUGCUGGAGGAGGCCACAAGUGGACACACUGAGGUGCCUGCCUGCAGCCUCUAUGCCCACAUCCAGAAGCGGGGCCAAGUGCCUCCCGGGGAAGAGGUGACUGCCAUGGAACUGGAGUUCAAGUUGCUGGCCAGCUCCAAGGCACACACAUCUCGCUUCAUCAGUGCCAACCUGCCCUGCAACAAGUUUAAGAACCGCCUGGUGAACAUCAUGCCCUAUGAACUGACCCAUGUCUGUCUGCAGCCCAUCCGUGGUGUGGAGGGCUCCAAUUACAUCAAUGCCAGCUUCCUGGAUGGAUAUAGACAGCACAAGGCCUACAUAGCUACACAGGGGCCUCUGGCAGAGAGCACCAAGGACUUCUGGCACAUGCUAUGGGAGCACAACUCCACCACCAUCGCCAUACUGACCAAGCUUCGGGAGAUGGGCAGGGAGAAGUGUCACCAGUACUGGCCUGCAGAGCACCCUGCUCGCUACCAGUACUUUGUUGUUGACCCAAUGGCUGAAUACAACAUGCCACAGUAUAUCCUGCAUGAGUUCAAGGUCACGGAUGCCUGGGAUGGGCAGUCGAGGACAAUUCGACAGUUCCAGUUCACAGACUGGCCUGAGCAGGGCGUACCCAAGACGGGGGAGGGCUUCAUUGACUUCAUCGGUCAAGUGCACAAGACCAAGGAGCAGUUUGGUCAGGAUGGACCCAUUACAGUGCACUGCAGUGCUGGUGUGGGCCGCACCCGAGUCUUUAUCACUCUGAGCAUAGUCUUGGAACGCAUGUGCUACGAGGGCGUGGUCGACAUGUUCCAGGCUGUGAAGACCCUGCGCACACAGCGUCCUGUAGUGGUGCAGACAGAGGACCAGUACCAGCUAUGCUACCGUGCAGUCCUGGAGUACCUCGGCAGCUUUGACCACUAUGCAACGUAACUACUGCUCCCCUCUCCUCCGCCGCCUCCACCGGGGGGCUUCGGAGGGGACCCAGCUCCUCUGAGCCAUACUGACCUUCGUCCAGCCCUCCUGCACAGAUGCUGUUGCCAGCAAAGGACAGCCCACUGGGAUCACAGCAUUUCAGGAACAUUGCCACACCAAUCAGAGAGCCCAGAGCACCUCUGGGCA